UGGAACCAUUGAGUUCCAAGGAGGAGGCCACUCCAAUAAAGCCAUGUAUGUACGUGUGUCUUUUGACACAAAGCCUGACCUUCUUCUGCAUCUGAUGACCAAAGAAUGGCAACUUGAGCUCCCCAAACUUCUCAUCUCUGUGCACGGGGGCCUUCAGAACUUUGAACUUCAGCCAAAACUCAAACAAGUCUUUGGAAAAGGACUUAUUAAGGCUGCAAUGACAACUGGAGCAUGGAUAUUCACUGGAGGAGUAAACACAGGGGUCAUUCGGCAUGUUGGAGAUGCCCUGAAAGAUCACGCCUCAAAAUCUCGAGGGAAGAUCUGCACCAUUGGUAUAGCUCCCUGGGGCAUUGUGGAAAAUCAAGAGGAUCUGAUUGGCAAAGAUGUGGUCCGACCGUACCAGACGAUGUCCAAUCCCAUGAGCAAGCUGACAGUGCUCAACAGCAUGCAUUCUCAUUUUAUUCUGGCUGACAAUGGUACUACUGGUAAAUACGGAGCAGAGGUAAAGCUUCGUAGACACCUGGAAAAGCACAUUUCACUUCAGAAGAUAAAUACAAGAAUCGGCCAAGGGGUUCCAGUGGUGGCCCUUAUUGUGGAAGGAGGUCCCAAUGUCAUCUCCAUUGUUCUGGAGUACCUGCGAGACACUCCUCCUGUUCCCGUUGUGAUAUGUGAUGGCAGUGGCCGAGCGUCUGACAUCCUUGCCUUUGGUCACAAAUAUUCUGAAGAAGGAGGGUAA